GAGCGAGGGACUAAGACGUCGGGGCCAGAGCAGCGGGGAGAGAGAUUGGCCCCUGGUGUCGCGAGGGUGUACCUGGGGGCCUUGUCAGAGGACAGGCCACCUCCUAAGUGGCUGGAGCGUGAGCUACUGAGACAGGAGAACCGCCGCCACUCUGUAACCCUGGGAGACCAGGUCAAACUGAGGUCACGACUGCUCUACAGUGACGAUCCCACACGCAGCUUCAGCAAGCUUAAGGUAUACCACCCUAAAGGACAGUUUCCCGGACCGAGACUAAGCCUAGACUAAAAAGCAAAAUACGUUGUUGCCCAUUAUACAAUGGGUGGGUCUAUUCCACAAGUUACCACUGGCUAAAUCUAUGACGUUAAAAUGCCUAUUUACUCUGUUCCAUCUGACUGCACAAUCCACUGUCUCAUCAGACCAGCCAAGCAAUUUAUAAACUUGAUCUCUACUAUAAAAAGCAUCUAGACAUUAUCUCACAUUUCUUUUAGACUAACAUUUAGUUUUCAACAGCGGAGAUUUGUAUAAACCUUGCUGUCUGACUCUCCGACAUUUGCAACAUUGUUUCAAUAUUCAAAUUCGAUCUCCACCUGUCCCAUAGUUUUUAGUACAGAAGUCGGCUUUUUAAUUAUUCGCUUUAAUAUUUAUCCUCGUUGUAGGUCUUACAAACUCAUUUUGGAAGAUGAAUGUGGUUUGAUGUUGUGUGAUUAUUAUAUGGUCUGUGACUGUCAACCCAUUACCCUCCUCAUACCCUGGGUGGUGUUGCCAGGCAUUGGUUACCAGCCAGCAGCAGAGGAAGGUUUGUUGGGCAUCUGUUACUUAGAGACAUGUAUAGACAGACGUCAGGGUUGCUAACGGAUCAGUGGCCUACAUGUUCACUAUCCAUGAACGUGUCUCCAUGAGGAUGUAACAAGCUCUGGAAUAGUGGAAGAGCAAAUGUAAUUUUCUUUGUGUUGCUUCUCUCCAACAAAAGUCAGACAGUCUUGAUGAAUUAAAAACGAAUUGGGUACUGGUGCCUAGAAAGGUAAUGUUACACAAACAUUUGAAUAUUUGUUUUGCUUGUUUGACCCCUCUAUGAAUUUGAGAAUGGUUACAUUUCACCAGCCCCAUCCCUUAGCUUUAUACCAAACUGAAACGCUGACUGACUGACUCAUAGAGUCUCUAUCAUGAUGAGUUUAACCUCAAGGUGUCAGUAGAGUGUCAGCUGAGGUUCUGCCUCAUUCCCCCAUCGGUCCCCUUCCCUCCCCACAGACACCCACAAGAGGAAUUCAUUUGAGGUUAUGCCAGAAAUUACAUUUUGAAUCAAGUUGAGAAUAAAUUUUCUCAUUACCUGACAGGGACUUGGGCAGGCAGCGAAUUAGGGGCAAUUUAUCAGGACCAGUGAAGGCCUUGUUUUAGAUCCGAACUAAGACAGACACAAUUACUGGGUCUUGCUAAAUGGAUUUCCAUUGAUACAAAUAACAGCCUUCAACCUGACUGGAGAAAGGGGAGUAAUCCCAAACUGUCACUACUAAAUUGAGUCCAUUCCAGAAAUCUAGGAAGUUAAUUGAAGAUAAUGGACAGUUUUCAAUUCAUGAAUUUACUUUAUUGAAAACGGAAUUGACCUGAACCCUGGCCACUACAGUUGUCUGUCUAUAAAUGUCUCUUCUUAAUAGACUGUCACUGGAAUUAACACUGAACAUUGCUCUAUUCAGUAAAGUCAGACAAUAGUGAAACAGAGCAAUAUUCUGUGUGGAUUCCAGGCUAGCCUCUUCUGGCUUUGGUCAUCUAAUGAGAAUACUGCUCUGCUGAAAUAGCUCGGCUAGAGAGCAGAUUCUGUUUAUAGUUUACCUGUUAAUUAAAGGGCCAGGGAUCGGGCUGGAAAAAUGUAAUCACUCUAAAAUAGAUGGAGCUACGGAUGCAAGGACUGACCAUCCAUGAUAUCAAAAUGGUAGUUUGAACUAUGUUUUGAAGCUCUACAAUGUUUGUUUACAAUUAUACAUUGAUUACAAACAAUACAGUAAAACAACCUUACAUUUUGGGUUCUGCUGGUGUCAAACAGGUGAACUAAGCUCAAGAGGUUAAGUUAUAUCCAUUAACAAUCAAUGGCCAUAUAUCAUUAAGUAAAAGUAAAACAAAUGGAUGUACCAAUCCCAGAUUGCCCCUUUAAGGACUUCCAUGUGAUAGCAGGUACAUUCUGCCUAUUAAUGGAGUCAAUAGUAGAAGUCAGUCAGUAGAAGGAUUUGGAGAGCAAUGGGGUUAAUGAGACUGAUAAAUAAUGAUUGUCCUGCACUGCUAAACAAUAAGAAUGCUUUGUGGUUCUUUAUAGAACAUUUUGAUGGCUAUAUGAAACAAACCCUUUAACACUUUUCGGUUCUAUAUAGCACCAUUUCUUCUAGCGUUGUGAUGGCUCCUGUUAGAACCCUGGCAUAGUCCCUGUGUUUGAUGCUGAAUAGUGUGGUUAAACAUAUUUCAAAUGCACCCAAAAUGUAAUGAUUGAUUAAAUUCUCUAUCUCCACUAGUAAGUUAACUGUUGCUAUAUAGUACACACCCACAUUUCCCAUCCGCUAACUAGCUAGUCAUUUCCCAUCCGCUAACUAGCUAGUCAUUUCCCAUCCGCUAACUAGCUAGUCAUUUCCCAUCCGCUAACUAGCUAGUCAUUUCCCAUCCGCUAACUAGCUAGUCAUUUCCCAUCCGCUAACUAGCUAGUCAUUUCACAUCAGCAAUACACACUUGCACACACUCACACAGGCAGUCCAGGAGUUUGCCAGUGUGUUUAUCCCUGAUACUUAUUAAAGACAGACCAAAGAGGCUCCCUGGAUGAAAGGCCUGUUGCUAGGAGACCCUGGCUGUCACAUCUGAGAGAGGCCAUUAUUACAGAGAGCAUGGCAUGUCACCAUGUCAAGGUGUCACACCCCCCUCCCCCUAGGAACAUACAGAGAUGCAUGUUCCUUGCCCUCCCCACCCUCCACUUUGUGUGUGCAGUGUGAGAUUGAAUGUAUAUCAUUACAUUUACAUUUACAUUUUAGUCAUUUAGCAGACGCUCUUAUCCAGAGUGACUUACAGUUAGUGAGUGGAUAAAUUUUUUCAUACUGGCCCCCUGUGGGAAACGAACCCACAACCCUGGCGUUGCAAGCGCCAUGCUCUACCAACUGAGCUACACGGGGCAAGGGACACAGCUUUUGUGGAGCAAUAGGAAACGAUGCUUCUUGGGUGGCAGUUGUGUUCAGAGGGUCCCUAGUUCAAGCCCAGGUUGGGACAAGGAGAGGGACGGAAGCAAUAAUGUUACGUGUGUGUGUGUGUGUAUGUGUGUGUAUGCGUGUGUAAUAUUGUAUUGUGUGUAUGAGUGUUUGUGAGUGUGUGUAUGAUUGAUGCCUGCAUCUCAGGGCCACUAAAAUGGGGGUCGAACCACCACUCAAAGGUGGCACCUAUUGAUGUGUGUUGUUAAUGAAAUGGAAAUGGUGUGCCAUGUUAGCCAGAGUCCUCUCUCAACAUCGUCCCCUCCCCUCCCUUGCCUUGUAUCUCUAGCGCUCUGAGUUCAUUAACUGGCUGGUAAGUGGAGUCUUGCAUGGGCUGUGAAAAUUGAAGGAGCAGUUUGAUCUGUCACCUCUCCACCUCUCCUUGUUAUUUCACUCUUCUUCAUUAUCCCGAGGUAAUGGAACAAUUAUGAAAAAUUGUUCCACUUCCAUAUUUAUCUCAUCGUAUAUUAAAACACUGCGUUGAUCUGAAGUUUCUGUUCAUUCCUGUGUGGAAUUACUUUCAAAAAAUAUAAUUUGUGACACUAUAAUGACAAUAAUUGAUCUUUUUUUCAAAUAGAUUGAGCAGAGAGUAUCCCUUGAAAGCCUGAAAAAGCUCAAGCUGGCCUUUGAGGUACAUUUCUGCUAUGGUUUGAGAAUGUGUUGUUGGGAUGACCUAGUAUUGUCAUUCCUUAUGGAUAUACAGUACCAGUCAAAAGUUUGGACACACCUACUCAUUCAAGGGUUUUUCUUUACUUUAACUAUUUUCUACAUUGUAGAAUAAUAUUGAAGAUGUCAAAACUAUGAAAUAACACAUAUAGAAUCAUGUAGCAACCAAAAAAGUGUUAAACAAAUCAAAAUAUAUUUUAUAUUUAGAUUCUUCAAAGUAGCCACUCUUUGCCUUGAUGACAGCUUUGCACACUCUUGGCAUUCUCUCAACCAGCUUCAUGAGGUAGUCACCUGGAAUGCUUUUCCAACAGUCUUGAAGGAGUUCCUACAUAUGCUGAGCACUUGUUGGCUGCUUUUCCUUCACUCUGCGGUCCAACUCAUCCCAUCUCAAUUGGGUUGAGGUCGGGUGAAUGUGGAGGCGAGGUCAUCUGAUGCAGCACUCCAUCACUCUCCUUCUUGGUCAAAUAGCCCUUACACAGCCUGGAGGUGUGUUUUGGGUCAUUGUCCUGUUGAAAAACAAAUGAUAGUCCCACUAAGCGCAAACCAGAUGGGAUGGCGUAUCGCUGCAGAAUACUGUGGUAGCCAUGCUGGUUAAGUGUGCCAUGAAUUCUAAAUAAAUCACAGACAGUGUCACCAGCAAAGCACCAAUGCUUUACGGUGGGAACCACAUAUGCGGAGAUCAUUCGUUCACCUACUCUGCGUCUCACAAAGACACAGCGGUUGCAACCAAAAAUCUCAAAUUUGGACUCAUCAGAACAAAGGAGAGAUUUCACCGGUCUAAUGUCCAUUGCUCAUGUUUCUUGGCCCAAGCAAGUCUCUUCUUCUUAUUGGUGUCCUUUAGUAGUGGUUUCUUUGCAGCAAUUCGACCAUGAAGGUCUAAGGCACUGCAUCUCAGUGCUUGAGGCAUCACUACAGACCCCCUGGUUCGAUUCCAGGCUGUAUCACAACCUGCCGUGAUUGGGAGUCCCAAAGGGCGGCGCACAAUUGGCCCAGCAUCGUCCGUGUUUGGCCGGUGUAGGCCGUCAUUGUAAAUAAGAAUUUGUUCUUAACUGCCUUGUUAAAUAAAUAAAAAUUCACAGUCUCCUCUGAACAGUUGAUGAUGAGAUGUGUCUGUUACUUGAACUCUGUGAAGCAUUUAUUUGGGCUGCAAUCUGAGGUGCAGUUAACUCUAAUGAACUUAUCCUCUGCAGCAGAGGUAACUCUGGGUCUUCCUUUCCUGUGGUGGUCCUCAUGAGAGCCAGUUUCAUCAUAGCGCUUGAUGGUUUUUGCGACUGCACUUGAAUAAACUUGCAAAGUUCUUGAAAUUGUCUGGAUUGACUGACCUUCAUGUCUUAAUGAUGGACUGUCGUUUCUCUUUGCUCAUUUGAACUGUUCUUGCCAUAAUAUGGACUUGGUCUUUUACCAAAUAGGGCUAUCUUCUGUAUACCACCCCUACCUUGCCACAACACAACUGAUUGGCUUAAACACAUUUCAUUUGACAUUUUUACAUUUGAGUCAUUUAGCAGAUGCUCUUAUCCAGAGCGACUUACAGUUAGUGAGUGCAUACAUUUUUUUUAUUUUUCAUACUGGCCCCCCAUGGGAAUCGAACCCACAACCCUGGCGUUGCAAACGCCAUGCUCUACCAACUGAGCUACAUCCCUGCCGGCCAUUCCCUCCCAUACGCUGGGCCAAUUGUGCGCCGCCCCAUGGGUCUCCCGGUCGCGGCCAGCUACGACAGAGCCUGGAUUCGAACCAGGAUCUCUAGUUGCGCAGUGCCUUAGACCACUGCGCCACUCGGGAGGUAAGAAGGAAAGAAACUCCACAAAUUCAUUUUUAACAAGGCACACCUGUUAAUUGAAAUGCAUUCCAGGUGACUACCUCAUGAAGCUGGUUGAGAGAAUGCCAAGAGUGUUCGAAGCUGUCAUCAAGGCAAAGGGUGGCUACUUUGAAGAAUCUCAAAUAUAACAUAUAUUUUGAUUUGUUUAACACAUUUUUGGUUACUACAUGAUUACAUAUGUGUUAUUUCAUAGUUUUGAUGUCUUCACUGUUAUUCUACAAUGUAGAAAAAAUUAAAAUGAAGAAAAACCCUGGAAUGAGUAGGUGUGUCCAAUCUUUUGGCUGGUAUUGUAUGCGUUGAAUUCCAAUCGAACCCUAGCCAAUCCUGGAGAUCUGAGAGGAUUGAUAGGCGGAAACAAUUAUAUCCAGUCAAUCAGAAGGCAAGAUUAAGCUAUUACUAUAAUGAAUAUCCAAUCCUCAAAUCUACAGAAGUACCUAGGAUGUAGGGCCUUGGAGUCAAUUUGGAAUUCAGUGAUCCAAUGCAUUUAAUGACACCUUCUCCUCUGCAGGAAUUUGAAAUGGGUGGCCUAAGAUCGCUGGACGUGUUCAACUUUGGACUGAUAGUGAAGAAGUGUUUGGACUUACACAACAUAGUACGUGUCAAUGGAACUGGAAAAGCACCAAGAAGACCCACCUUUUAAUUAUCAGACAGAUAGAUUAAUAAAUGAAUGGAUCUCUGGCCCUUAUCUCUGUCUCUUUCUCUCUCUCAAUUCAAUUCAAUUCAAAGGGCUUUAUUGGCAUGGGAAACAUAUGUUUACAUUGCCAAAGAAAGUGAAAUAGAUCUCUCUCUUCCUCUCUUGCGGUCUCUGUCUCUCUGUCUCUGUCUCUCUCUCUCCCCCUCCCUCCUCUGUGGCUGAUCUCUCUCUCUCUCUCUCUCUCUCUCUCUCUCUCUCUCUUUCAAUAAAAUAGUUUUCUAUUUGUCACACUGUAAAUGUUUCAUUGUAUUUUAAACAACACUGAUAAUGAUGUUUGAACUCAGCUAUGUUGUUAUUGUCUGUUCCAUCAUUCCUUUGUCCUGUGAACGUCAGAACAAUGCCCAGAUCCAAGAACUAUUCAUGAAGAUCGAUUAUUCUGGCCAGGGGAGGAUUGAAUGGGUGAGAUGAUGAGAUUCAUUUCCUUUACUCAGGUCACAAAAUAUUUAUUCCCCUUACAGUGGAAUGGUGAUUGCCUGAGGAAAGCAAUUGACAAGAACAAAUUCAUUUCAAAAUAUGAAGUACAAUUUCCAUGAAACUGGCCUUCAAAAUGUUUGGGUUUGAUUCCAUGGCUAACAAAGAUUUUGUUUUAGCCUGGUCCCAGGAACUUAGUUUGAUACCCCAUUUAUAGAGUAUAUGGUACAAAUAUGUGUGUCACAACUGCUGAUGAUCACUCUUGAGUUGCACUUCUAUCAUUACACCACACAUGUUUUUAAUAACUAAUAUCUCAAUGUUCCAUUUGAUAUCUCUCAUGUUAUUUGUCAUAUGUAUUCGCACUGCUUGCCUGCAUUAUUGCCUAUUGCAGCUUGUGGGAUAAAUAAAGUACCAUAUUGAUUUGACAUUGCCCUAUCUCCUGCAGGAUGAGUUCUGUACGUACAUGCAGUUGGAGUACACAGAGAAGGAGGAGUCAGCGUGGCGCAGCAAACAGGUGGCUUUCUCCCUGCCUGCCACGGUCAGGGCCCUGUGCCACGGAGAGCCCGUUCUGCGCAUCCACUCCACCCCCGAUGGCACCAUCAUCACCGUCUGCGAGGACGGGGCUGUCUACUACUGGAGCCCUGAGCUCAACCUGAAGAGGAGCAAGAGCGUGUUUGUAUGUAUGUGUGUGUGUGUGUGUGUGUGAGUAGUUUUGAAGUGUGAGGAUGUAGACUUGUCCUUGUUUAUGUAGGAUCACACCAUUCUCGGAGGAGCAUGUAUGCUGUCAUUUGCAUAAAUUCAAUUCAAUGAUUUGCUUUGAAUGCAGCAUGAAAGACCUGUGAGCAGAAAACCAAAAUGGGCAACUGAUUUCAUCACCAUGCCACAGUACAACAAACUUAUCAUCGGAACAGGGUAAGAACUGUAUUGUCUGUUUCAGAAUGUAGGCUUAGCUGAAAAGUAACUAGAGCAUUACUUUUGUACAAAUGACUUGUGUUAGUGCAGCCUGUUGUUAUGCACUCUCUAGACAACAUCUGUGUUCGACCACUGCUCGUGUUCACGUCCCAUAUCGCUGAGUCUCAGUUGAACAGAGGUGUGACCUGUUAUACCCAUGGUACCAGUUAGAGGCUGCGACCCAAACGGCAUCCUAUUCCCUAUAUCGUGUAUUACUUUUGACCAUGGGCCCUGUUCAAAAGAAGUGCACUAGGCCUAGGGAAUAGGGUGCCAUUUGGAAUGCAACCAGGGACAACGUUCCUGUCGGUGUGUCCUGUGUUACAGAGACAGAGAGAUCCAGUUGUAUGAGCUGUCCUCUCUAGAGCCUUACUGUCAGAUCAGUGCCCUGGAGACUGUCCCUCUGAGAUUGGACUACUGGUGAGCAUCUAGUCUCGCACUCACUGGCAGCUUAAACCAUGUAAUACCAGAUCACACACUGGCAGCCUGCACCAUGUCUCGCUAACAUGCUGGAUCCCACACUGGCAGCCUGCACCAUGUCUCACUUAUACCAGAUCACACACAGGCAGCCUAAAUCAUGUCUCGCUAACAUACUGGUUCCCACACACUGGCAGCCUAAAUCCUGUCUUGCUAAAACCACAUCACACACUGGCAGCCUAAACCAUGUCUCACUAAUACCAGAUCACACACUGGCAGCCUAAAUCAUGUCUCACUAAGACCAGAUCACACACUGGCAGCCUAAACCAUGUCUCGCUAAAACCACAUCACACACUGGCAGCCUAAACCAUGUCUCACUAAUACCAGAUCACAUACUGGCAGCCUAAAUCAUGUCUCGCUAAAACCACAUCACAGACUGGCAGCCUAAACCAUGUCUCACUAAUACCAGAUCACACACUGUCAGCCUAAACCAUGUCUCGCUAAAACCACAUCACACACUGGCAGCCUAAACCAUGUCUCACUAAUGUCUAACCUGAUCUGAGACCUGCUUUACUGGUAUUCCUGUCUUUCUCUCCCCUCAGCUACACUGGACCUGAUGAGUGUUCUAUUCUGUAUGGAGACUCCCAGGUAAUUAAAGUCCUCUCUCUGCUUGACAACAAAUUCAAUUACCAGACGGGAAAAGUUAAAUGCCACUAAGCUGAUUAAUUAUGAAGGGUUAUUCUUCUCUUUCUGCUUUCUAGGGCUGCGUGAAUAUCAUAUUAAUUACCUCCGUGGGGGAGACGCUGAGGUAAACAGGUUUUUUUAAUAUUAUCUUUAUGCAUCUAUUGAACUACCACAGGAAUGCAUCAUCAUCUUAAAGGCAAAUUCUCAAGGCAACAAAAAAGCAUUAGGAAAAAAGGCAAAUGUAACUUAAAAUGCCUGUCUACUGUUUCCAUGACGAUUUAUAGCUUAGUAGCCUAAUUUGAGGCUUUGAGUGAUACACAAAUCUACUAUUUCUGUUUUUGGAUUAUGUGAUAAGAAGGGUGGUUUGCACACAAAAAUAGAAACAUUUCAAAUUAUUCCUUUUUUAAUUUGUAAUAUCUUUACUGGUAACUAAUUUGGGAAUGUGAUGUCAUUGACCAGAUUGGUCGUACUCGCACAGAACAUGUGACAGCCAAACAUCUUUGUGCCAACACUGUAACUGUAACUAUAAGUUAGUGCCAUUUCAUACAGUUCUACAUCUUUAUUUGCAGAAUGUGGAAGAAAUUACCAAAGAUUGAGAAUGUGCCUAACAUAGGGAUAGACAACGCAGUGCUUUCUCCGAAUGUGACAUACAUUCGAUGGAAGGUCCACCAGGACUGGGUGACAAAGGUGAUGUUUAUUAUUUCUCGAUGCACACUGGGAUCCCUGUUUAUCUACUGAAUAACCAUUUCUGCCUGUUAGAUGAUUAUCUGUAUGGUACAAAAAGGGGGACCCCCUCUCUCCCCAUAGACUCAACAUGAAUACUGGCCCUGAUGCACAAAUAUGCCCCCUAAAAUCUCACAAGUACUUUUGCUUGAUAAUGUUCCUCAUAAUUUUUAUACACUUCACCAGCUGAAAUGUCUUGAGUCAAUAAGUAUUCAACCCCCUUGUUAUGGCAAGCCUAAAUAAGUUCAGGAGUGAAAAUGUGCUUAACAAGUCACAUAAUAAGUUGCAUGGACAAUAACAUUGUUUAACAUGAUUUUGGAAUGACUACCUCAUCUCUGUACUCCACAUAUUAUCUUUAAGGUCCCUCAUUCGAGCAGUGAAUUUCAAACACAGAUUCAACCACAACGACCAGGGAGGUUUUCCAAUGCCUCGCAAAGAAGGGCACCUAUUGGUAGAUGGUAUAAAAAAAGACAGACAUUGAAUAUCCCUUUGAGGAUGGUGAAGUUAUUAAUUACACAUUGGAUGGUGUAUCAAUACACCCAGUCACUACAAAGAUACAGGCGUCCUUCCCAACUCAGUUGCGACGAGGAAGGAAACUGCUCAGGGAUUUCACCAUGAGGCCAAUGGUGACUUUAAAACAGUUACAGAGUUUAAUGGCAAUGAUCAACAAACAACUUGACAGAGCUUGAAGAAUUUGUAAAAGAAUAAUGUGCAAAUAUUGUGCAAUCCAGGUGUGCAAAGCUCUUAAUAGAGACUCAUCCCAGAAAGACUCACAGCUGUUAUCACUGCCAAAGGUGAUUCUAACAUGUAUUGACUCAGGGGUGUGAAUACUUAAAUUAGAUAUUUCUGUAUUUCAUUUUCAAUACAUUUGCAAACAUUUCUAAAAACAUGUUUUCACUCUGUCAUUAUGGGGUAUUGUGUGUAGAUGGGUGAGAAAAUAAUCUAUUGAAUCCAUUUUGAAUUCAGGCUGUAACACAACAACAUGUGGAAUAAGUCAAGGGGUAUGAAUACUUUCUGAAGGCACUGUAUGUAUAUUAUCGUGAUUUUUACACAUAACAAUACCUUGAGAUUUAUUUUCAAUUUUAGGUGAAAUAUUUUCCAGACAUUUGUGCGAUUGUUUCCACCUCCAACCAUGAAGCCUCUUCCCUCGUCAUAGGUAAUUACUCAUUGUCACAUCAAUAUUCUCAUCUCAGCUGGAUGUAUUCAAGUUCAAACUCACUUCUGGUGUGCAGGCCAUUUAGUCUGGUGGUCUAGGUACAUUUAAGUGAUAAUGCCCGAGAAGCCGGUGUUGGAAGAUAUGCUGGCACGGGUAUAUCCUCCAAACACUGGCUUCGAGGGCAUUAUCACUUUUAUACAACGGGUUACCAACAUAUUCAAAUAAUGACUGACAUAUUUUCAUUAAAAACUUUAUUUUGAUGAAUUUAUUCAUACUAUUUCAUCCUUCCACAAGAUAUAGUCCCGACACAAACCUAGGGUUGCUACCCAAGCCGGCUGGUCGUUUGUUCUAUUGGUUCGGUUGCCAGAGACGCGACCCAGUCGUUCAGUCUUUUUGUUCUGUAUCUAUGGACGUGACCCAGUCGUUUGUUCUAAAUGUUCCAUUGCCAUACUGGCUGGCAACGUUCUUAUCCCUUGCUUGCUAGCUAGCCAACUAUGGCUAACUGACAGUCACGUCAAACAGUGCAGCCAGAAUAACAACAGAAGCGGCAUUUGCAUUUGUUUAAGCUGUUUUCUAAUGACAUUUAUUUGGACACAUCCAUAACAAUGAGCUAAUGAGGCGCAAUUUCGCCUGGCAUAGAAAAUGUGCUCUCUUGUCAGGACACUGUUGUUCAGAGGAGCUAGCCAAUAACACAUAUAAUACAGGCAUUUAUGUCAUAGAUUUAGCUGGUGGUAACUUGUGGAAUAGACACCGGCUGGAAUGCUGUUUUAACCAAUCAGCAUUCAGGAUUAGACCCACCCGUUGUAUAAUUAUGGUUUGUUACCUGUCUUCAACCUUCCCACGUUGUCUUCUCCUAAUCUUUCUUCCACGCUGUUUGUAAUGUUUUUUGAAUAAAGCACUUUUUUUUUUCUUAAAAAAUACAUAGGUAUUCACUUCUGGUAUGGGAGUUAUGUUGUAGAGCACAGGUUAUGAAAAGAAUAUCAGUAAUUAUCUGGCUUUCUGCCUCAUUAUAACCUAAAAAUGAUGUGUUUACCUGAAAAGCAGCAAUUAAUCCAGCAUAUUUAUCAUGUGCAGAGGCACCUGUCAAAAACUACAGUCUCCAUGUAAUAUAAUUUAUGUUAAUCUGUUCUGAAUAACAUUCUGGACGGCGAUGACUCAUGGCUCAUCUAUCAAGUUCAACAAUCUGUUAUGUGUGUGUGUGUGUGUGUCUGUUGACGUGUCUAUGUACAGUGGGGAAAAAAGUAUUUAGUCAGCCACCAAUUGUGCAAGUUCUCCCACUUAAAAAGAUGAGAGAGGCCUGUAAUUUUCAUCAUAGGUACACGUCAACUAUGACAGACAAAAUGAGAAAAAAAAUCCAGAAAAUCACAUUGUAGGAUUUUUUAUGAAUUUAUUUGCAAAUUAUGGUGGAAAAUAAGUAUUUGGUCAAUAACAAACGUUUCUCAAUACUUUGUUAUAUACCUUUUGUUGGCAAUGACACAGGUCAAACGUUUUCUGUAAGUCUUCACAAGGUUUUCACACACUGUUGCUGGUAUUUUGGCCCAUUCCUCCAUGCAGAUCUCCUCUAGAGCAGUGAUGUUUUGGGGCUGUCGCUGGGCAACACAGACUUUCAACUCCCUCCAAAGAUUUUCUAUGGGGUUGAGAUCUGGAGACUGGCUAGGCCACUCCAGGACCUUGAAAUGCUUCUUACGAAGCCACUCCUUUGUUGCCCGGGCGGUGUGUUUGGGAUCAUUGUCAUGCUGAAAGACCCAGCCACGUUUCAUCUUCAAUGCCCUUGCUGAUGGAAGGAGGUUUUCACUCAAAAUCUCACGAUACAUGGCCCCAUUCAUUCUUUCCUUUACACGGAUCAGUCGUCUUGGUCCCUUUGCAGAAAAACAGCCCCAAAGCAUGAUGUUUCCACCCCCAUGCUUCACAGUAGGUAUGGUGUUCUUUGGAUGCAACUCAGCAUUCUUUGUCCUCCAAACACGACGAGUUGAGUUUUUACCAAAAAGUUCUAUUUUGGUUUCAUCUGACCAUAUGACAUUCUCCCAAUCCUCUUCCGGAUUUGAGGUUGUGGACAGGUGUCUUUUAUACUGAUAACAAGUUCAAACAGGUGGCAUUAAUACAGGUAACGAGUGGAGGACAGAGGAGCCUCUUAAAGAAGAAGUUACAGGUCUGUGAGAGCCAGAAAUCUUGCUUGUUUGUAGGUGACCAAAUACUUAUUUUCCACCAUAAUUUGCAAAAAAUUCCUAAAAAAUCCUACAAUGUGAUUUUCUGGAUUUAUUUUUCUCAAUUUGUCUGUCAUAGUUGACGUGUACCUAUGAUGAAAAUUACAGGCCUCUCUCAUCUUUUUAAGUGGGAGAACUUGCACAAUUGGUGGCUGACUAAAUACUUUUUUUCCCCACUGUAUGUGUAUCGUGCGUGCAUGCGUGUGUGUAUGCCUGUCUGUCUGUCUGUCUGUCUGUCUGUAAGAGUGUAGGUAUGCGCAUAUAUUUAACAGCAUAUUAGUGCUUUUUAUGCUUAAUUGAUAUAAUUGAAUGUAUCACUUAUGAAUUUGAAACAACACGCUCUGAUCUCACACCCAGGCUGCGUUCUCCCGUCCACCAACAUCGAGCAGCAGAUGAGGGAGAUCAGGGAGGUGUGUCGGGAUGGGAAGGCCAGGAGGGCCCUUUCUAAUAACAAUGGGUCUCCUCAGCCCCGGGCACCAUGUGACCAGACCGUCUUCCCCGUCUACAAGGGCGUCAUGACCUUUGACCUCAGCAAACAGCACAACCUGCUGGUGACCGGAGGGAUGGACAGGGUGCUGCGUCUGUGGAACACAUACGUCCCUGGGUGAGGAAACGCAACCCAGUCGUUCAGUCUUUUUGUUCUGUAUCUAUGGACCCGACCCAGUCGUUUGUUCUAAAUGUUCCAUUGCCAUACUGGCUGGCAACGUUCUUAUCCCUUGCUUGCUAGCUAGCCAACUACGGCUAACUGACAGUCACGUCAAACAGUGCAGCCAGAAUAACAACAGUAGCGGCAUUUGCAUUUGUUUAAGCUGUUUUCUAAUGACAUUUAUUUGGACACAUCCAAAGGAAUGAGCUAAUGAGGAAAAGCACAGGAAACUCUUAUGUCUCAGAGAUCUACUGGGUGUACAGGCUUUUGAUCCAGCCCUGCAGUAAGGCACCGGCAUUGUUAAAGGAACACUCUGUUGUUGUUCUAUAACAGGAAGCCCACAGGUGUGUUAAAGGGACACUCUGUUGUUGUUCUAUAACAGGAAGCCCACAGGUGUGUUAAAGGGACACUCUGUUGUUGUUCUAUAACAGGAAGCCCACAGGUGUGUUAAAGGGACACUGUUGUUGUUCUAUAACAGGAAGCCCACAGGUGUGUUAAAGGGACACUCUGUUGUUGUUCUAUAACAGGAAGCCCACAGGUGUGUUAAAUGGACACUCUGCUCCCAUCUUCUACCUCUUCAUCUCCUCAGAGGAAAACCGUAUCUUCUCUGUCUCUAUGGACAACACUGCCAAGGUGGGACACCAUUUAAUUCUCCUUCAAACUAGAACUUAUUGGCUGACUUUCCUCAAAAUUGAUCUUCUGUUGAGAUAAGUCCACACCCUAGGCCAUCAGUUUGGUAGAUGCAGCUAUAGGCCAGAAUCCAUGAAUGGAAAAGAGGAGCACCAUGUAAUGUAAUCUAGAUUCGUGGUGCUCAUCUUUUCCAUUCAUUUGGGGUUGAAAAGUGGAGGCAUAUAGCUGUAUCUACACAACAGAUAGCAAGGGAUGUGAAUUCAUCUUGACCUUAGACUACUUUUGACGUCUGAAAACAUCUGGAAAACGUUGGUUUUGGAGUGUAAUGGCCCUUUAAAUAAUUGAUGACUGUCUGUCGUUCAGAUCUGGGAUAUCCAAGACCAAAGCUGCCUCAUCACAGCCCACCCCAAAGCCAGCCUCAUCCGUGGAGACACCUCUGCAUGCCUGUAUUCUCCCUCCACCAAAGCACUGUACAUUGCAGCAGACUCACUAGCGCUGCUCUCUCUCAGGACCAGGUUGGUUACUUUACUACUGGGCUUUGGUUUAAACGCCACCCUAUUCCAUACAUUUACAUUUACAUUUUAGCAGACGCUCUUAUCCAGAGCGACUUACAACUUAGGAUAGCCAGUGGGACAACCACCUUUUUCUGGGGGGGGGGGGGUAGAAUGAUUACUGUUAUACUAUUCCAGGUAUUCCUUAUAGAGGUAGGGUUUCAAGUGUCUCCGGAAGGUGGUCAGUGACUCCGCUGUCCUGGCGUCGUGGGGGAGCUUGUUCCACCAUUGGGGUGCCAGAGCAGCGAAUAGCUUUGUAUGAUGCACUACUUCUCUCUGGUCAAAUGUAGUGCACUUUAUAGGGAAUAGGGUGCCAUUUUUUACCAUUAGGGUGCCACUAAAUAGGAAAUAUACUGUCAAAUUUGCACCUGUGAGUUAAUAAGGCUUAUUUGUUCACCUAGGGCAGGGAUGGGCAACUUUGAUGGGGCUGGUGGCCACAAAAAAAACAGAACUCAUCAUGAGGGGCUGCAGUGACUUGUGGAUCUGCGUACCCACAUCCAUACCCUCCAUAGGGUGGAGGCAAAUGUUUGCAGUUUUUAAUAUGAUAACUGAUGAUCAAUGGGCCCCACGCCGUUCAGUAAUUUGACCAUGCUUACUACAAGUUUAGAUAGGUGGCCGCUAGACUAACUUACCAAUCUAAAUACUUUUUGCUGACAUGAGCUAAUUGAAUGACUGCUGAUGCACAACCAAAUUUCGAAAUUGCACCUUGUGUAUUCUAUUAUUCUAACUCUCAACAGUAAGUUCAGACCCCGACUGAGUUCCAAAAUAUAUAUAUAUACAGUGCCUUCGGAAAGUAUUCAGACCCCUUGACUUUUUCCACAUUUUGUUAUGUUACAGCCUUAUUCUAAAAUUGAUUAAAUAAAUACAAAUCCUCAGAAAUCUACACACAAUACCCCAUAAUGACAAAGCGAAAACAGGUUUUUAGAAAUUGUUGCAAAUGUAUUUACAUCCUUGAGAUGUUUCUACAACUUGAUUGGAGUCCACCUGUGGUUAGGGCUGUUGCGGUGACAUUAUUACCGCCACACCGGCGGUCUCAAGUCAUGAAGGCAGUCAAAUUCCAUGUGACCGUUUAGUCACAGUAAUUAGGCUUCUCUAAACUCUGAUGAUGCUUAUGGUCAUUAGUAGCAUACCAAACUUGCUAACUGCCUGGUACUCAGCACUCUAUUGUUUUAUUUGAUUUAUUUUUAGUCAUUUAGCAGAAGCUCUUAUCCAGAGGGACUUACAGUUAGUGAGUGCAUACAUUUUUUUCAUACUGGCCCCCCGUGGGAAACGAACCCACAACCCUGGCGUUGCAAACGCCAUGCUCUACCAACUGUCCCUCUAAUCACUCUGAGAGCCCAUGAGUUCAUGUUGCGCAACAUUUCUAUAGGCUAUGCAAUUGAAAAAAAAGUGAUGGCCUCUACUAAAAAGAGGAGGAUCCCAUCAGCUUUCUAUAGACUAGGCCUACUAUAUUUAUUUCUCAACUUUCCUAAUAUUAAGCACAUUGUUUAUCUUUACAACAGGAGUAUAGCCUACCUGGCUGGCAUAAAAAUGAACCACAGGAUAAGCGUCCUCCAUUCGCUAUUUAAGUGCAUAGAUGACAUGAAUUUUUUCCCGCUGCCCCUGUUCUGAGACAGGUGCAUGAUAAUGGUCCAUUCUAAAUCAAAACAAAUUUCACACAUAUAUUAUUUAGUAUAUGUAAAGACAAGAUUAAAUUAAGAAUAGUCUGAUGGGUGACAAUAUUAGCCUAUCACUUGUGAAUUAUAUAUUAUCACUUGUGAAUGAUGCCCAGCAUAAGAUACUGCCUUUUCUUGCGACUUGUUCUAAUCACAGUCGCACACCUCAUGUAGCCUAGCCCAUAGGCCUAUAUGUUUUGAUAAGGUUUGUAUCACAACUAAAGUGGCCAAAUAACUUCUUAAAAUUAAGCACAUUAAUCCGCUUUACAAGGGGUUUAGAGCCUAACUGGCAUACAUAAACAGCGCAUGAGUUUCAAGUUUGGGGAUGAUAACUUUCACCAUAGAAAUGCAGCUUUAUAAUAAAAGCAUUACAUGCAUAAUCGCAUUUGUGGUCACUUUUCCCGCUAAUGGGACAUUUGCACUUAUAGCCUACUGCCAUAUGCACAUUGCUGCGCUUAUAAUGUGAAGAAAUAGCCUAAUAGUUUAUCAACAUUUUAAGCUAAACAUUCUGAACUGUUGCGUCAGUCACAUUGCGUAAAAAAUGUUUUUUUUUAUGCUAGUGGUUGUAUUAAUUUGGGAUCUAUUGCAUCCCACAACUGUCCCAGACUAUGUUUGGAAUAUUAAUUUCUCCCACAGAAUAGAAUAGGUCGACUUUUGUACUAUGGGGAAUAGUAGAUUGAAAUAGGCUAGUGCUUUUGCUGUUCGUUAGGCCUACUCAUCUUGUUGGCUGACAAAAAGUACAUGUGGACAGUUCUUCCAAUAUCUUCAAUAUGCACCUCGGAAUUGGAUAAGGACACACGCAGUUGCGUCCCCGAUGUGUCUGUCUUCACUUUUAGCCUGUGAUCACGUGAUGGGGAGCCAUGUGAGUGAGAGGUGCUUCGGAUUGCGCAGCACUCAGGGAGAAGGGCACAACGCAGCACUCCGGGCCUCAAAAGGCAUGGAUUUUUUUAGGGUGCAUUACAGCCACAAAGGGGAUGCCACCGUGAAAUUUGAGAGCUUGUCAAGAGCUUGUCAAUUUGUGAAUGAGAGACUAUUGGAAUGUGUACAGCCUGCGCAAAAAACAAAGCAGAGCUCAUGCCUUUCAAGCGACUUUUUUCAAAUCAUCAUUAGUCUCAUCAUGCAGCCUUACAAUGUAUUAUAAAUCUAAACAGAUAGCCCAACGUUUGUAGAACAACUAAAGUGACAUUAAUAACUCUAAAUUAAGCAUAUAGGAGUUAUUUCUUAUUUAACCACUCAGCACUCCCUCAAAUUGUUUGGAGAAAAUAUUUAUAUUUUAUUCAGCUUUGUUCAAUUGUAUUCAUCAUACUAUAAAAUAAUAUAGAAUAAUGCCACGGAAUUCUAAGCAAAUCUUGUCUGCUAAAUGAACUAGUGUAGCCCACAGCCAUUUGGCAUAGCCACAUCAGGACCUAACAUAAGGACAACUCAGAGUUUGCUAUUAUUUUCUUCUGAAAUAGACUACAUUUUCUUCAUAUCAUUCUUCUUUAGAGCUGUCUAAAAUAAAUAAUGGAUUUAUUGUGAAGGUGUAGGCUAUAUUACAUGGAUUUAUUAUACUUUUUUAAAUGUAGAUGUUCUGAAGGUCUGCCAGUAACUUGUAGGCUAUGUGUGGAAGCCAGGAGAUGCUAAAUGUGUUUAUGUUAAUUAAUGGUCAAUUACCGUGAGACCGACAGUUAUUUGCUUCACAAUCACCGGCUGACGAAAUCACCGGCUGUGGUAUAUUCAAUUGAUUGGACAUGAUUUGGGAAGGCACACACCUGUCUAUAUAAGGUCCCACAGUUGACAGUGCAUGUCAGAGCAAAAACCAAGUCAUGAGGUCGAAGGAAUUGUCGGUAGAGCUCCGAGAUAGGAUUGUGUCGAGGCACAGAUCUGCGGAAGGGUACCAAAACAUUUCUGCAGCAUUGAAGGUCCCCAAGAACACAGUGGCCUCCAUCAUUCUUAAAUGGAAGAAGUUUGGAACCACCAAGACUCUUCCUAGUGCUGGCCGCCCAACCAAACUGAGCAAUCGAGGGAGAAAGGCCUUGGUUAGGGAGGUGACCAAGAACCCAAUGGUCACUCUGACAGCGCUCUAGAGUUCCUCUGUGGAGAUGGGAGAACCUUCCAGAAGGACAACCAUCUCUGGUCUGAUGAAACCAAGAUUGAACUCUUUGGCCUGAAUGCCAAGCGUCACGUCUGGAGGAAACCUGGCACCAUCCCUACGGUGAAGCAUGGUGGUGGCAGCAUCAUGCUGUGGGGAUGUUUUUCAGUGGCAGGGACUGAGAGACUAGUCAGGAUCGGAGCAAAUUACAGAGAGAUCCUUGAUGAAAACCUGCUCCAGAGCGCUCAGGACUUCAGACUGGGGCAAAGGUUCACCUUCCAACAGGACAACGACCCUAAGCACACAGCAAAGACAACACAGAAGUGGCUUCGGGACAAGUCUCUGAAUGUCCUUGAGUGUCCCAGCCAGAGCCCGGACUUAAACCUGAUCUAACGUCUCUGGAGAGACCUGAAAAUAGCUGUGCAGCAACGCUCCCCAUCAAACCUGACAGAGCUUGAGAGGAUCUGCAGAGAAGAAUGGGAGAAACUCCCCAAAUAUAGGUGUGCCAAGCUUGUAGCGUCAUACCCAAUAAGAUUCUAGGCUGUAAUCGCUGCCAAAGGUGCUUCAACAAAGUACUGAGUAAAGGGUCUGAAUAUUUAUGUAAAUGUGAUAUUUCAAUUUUUUUAUUUUGAAUAAACUAGCAACAAUUUUUAAAAACCUGUUUUUGCUUUGUCAUUAUGGGGUAUUGUGUGUAGAUUGCUGAGGGGAAAAACAGAACAAUUUAAUCAAUUUUAGAAUAAGGCUGUAAUGUAACAAAAUGUGGAAAAAGUCAAGGGGUCCGAAUACUUUCCGAAUGCACUGUACAUGUUGCCCAUCCCUGAACUAGGGCAACAUGAGAGGGAAAUAUACUAGGAUUAAGUACAUAGGGUAAUAUACUAGGAUAAUAGGGAAGAAUGAUAACAGAUUUUUUUUUCAAACCAGGUUUUAAUCAAAGAGAUAAAGGUUUGUUAUCUUAAGUCAUUCAGGUUGAGGUAAUGGUUUUCACACCUCUCCUUUUCUCAUGUGUUCAACUCUUCUCCUCACCAUCUCUCUCUCCUCACCUCACCAUUUCUCUUCUCCCCUCACCAUCUCUACUCUCCUUUCUUCUCCAUUGCUCUCCUCUCUCCUCCUCACCAUCUUUCUCCUCUUUUCUCCUCCAGGCCCCAGCCCCAGGGACAUCUGAUCGUGUCUCACAAGGAGCCUGUGUUGUGCUGUGGCUAUAGCCAUGAGUUCAGACAGGUCGUCAGCUGCACCGAAGGAUCCGUGAGUUUCAAGUCAUUCUCACCUCGGAAACCCUUUAUCUUUUCCCCCUCUUUAAAAAAAAGGGGGGGGGGGGUGGACUUUAGUUUCUUAGAUUUUAUUUCAACAGUUGGGAAGGUAAGUGGGAGACAGGUAGAAGGAGAAGGACAGAAUCCCCGUCAUAGGGGCAUUGUGCUGUCCGGAGUCGGCUGCAUAGACCAGUACUUCGACACUGAGACCCUUUCACCCAGAACAUAAUUCCAGCAAAUGCUGCAGUAGAUACUGGUCCCACAGACAGAAUUACUUACAUAUAGAACUAGUAAUAGUAAUUUAAUAUGAUCUCUGUGGGACCAGUACCCUCCCAUAUACUAUAUAAUGAUUUACUGAACACUACACAUACAGUGGGGAAAAAAAGUAUUUAGUCAGCCACCAAUUGUGCAAGUUCUCCCACUUAAAAAGAUGAGAGAGGCCUGUAAUUUUUAUCAUAGGUACACGUCAACUAUGAGGGACAAAAUGAGAAAGAAAAAUCCAGAAAAUCACAUUGUAGGAUUUUUAAUGAAUUUAUUUGCAAAUUAUGGUGGAAAAUAAGUAUUUGGUCAAUAACAAAAGUUUCUCAAUACUUUGUUAUAUACCCUUUGUUGGCAAUGACACAGGUCAAACGUUUUCUGUAAGUCUUCACAAGGUUUUCACACACUGUUGCUGGUAUUUUGGCCCAUUCCUCCAUGCAGAUCUCCUCUAGAGCAGUGACGUUUUAGGGCUGUCGCUGGGCAACACGGACUUUCAACUCCCUCCAAAGAUUUUCUAUGGGGUUGAGAUCUGGAGACUGGCUAGACCACUCCAGGACCUUGAAAUGCUUCUUACGAAGCCACUCCUUCGUUGCCCGGGCGGUGUGUUUGGGAUCAUUGUCAUGCUGAAAGACCCAGCCACGUUUCAUCUUCAAUGCCCUUGCUGAUGGAAGGAGGUUUUCACUCAAAAUCUCACGAUACAUGGCCCCAUUCAUUCUUUCCUUUACACGGAUUAGUCAUCCUGGUCCCUUUGCAGAAAAACAGCCCCAAAGCAUGAUGUUUCCACCCCCAUGCUUCACAGUAGGUAUGGUGUUCUUUGGAUGCAACUCAGCAUUCUUUGUCCUCCAAACACGAGGAGUUGAGUUUUUACCAAAAAGUUAUAUUUUGGUUUCAUCUGACCAUAUAACAUUCUCCCAAUCCUCUUCUGGAUCAUCCAAAUGCACUUCAGACGGGCCUGGACAUGUACUGGCUUAAGCAGGGGGACACGUCUGGCACUGCAGGAUUUGAGUCCCUGGCGGCGUAGUGUGUUACUGAUGGUUGGCUUUGUUACUUUGGUCCCAGCUCUCUGCAGGUCAUUCACUAGGUCCCCCCGUGUGGUUCUGGGAUUUUUGCUCACCGUUCUUGUGAUCAUUUUGACCCCACGGGGUGAGAUCUUGCGUGGAGCCCCAGAUCGAGGGAGAUUAUCAGUGGUCUUGUAUGUCUUCCAUUUCCUAAUAAUUGCUCCCACAGUUGAUUUCUUCAAACCAAGCUGCUUACCUAUUGCAGAUUCAGUCUUCCCAGCCUGGUGCAGGUCUACAAUUUUGUUUUUGGUGUCCUUUGACAGCUCUUUGGUCUUGGCCAUUGUGAAGUUUGGAGUGUGACUGUUUGAGGUUGUGGACAGGUGUAUUUUAUACUGAUAACAAGUUCAAACAGGUGCCAUUAAUACAGGUAUCGAGUGGAGGACAGAGGAGCCUCUGAAAGAAGAAGUUACAGGUCUGUGAGAGCCAGAAAUCUUGCUUGUUUGUAGGUGACCAAAUACUUAUUUUCCACCAUAAUUUGCAAAUAAAUUCAUAAAAAAUCCUACAAUGGGAUUUUCUGGAUUUUUUUUCCUCAAUUUGUCUGUCAUAGUUGACAUGUACCUAUGAUGAAAAUUACAGGCCUCUCUCAUCUUUUUAAGUGGGAGAACUUGCACAAUUGGUGGCUGACUAAAUACUUUUUUGCCCCACUGUAUAUUGUAUACGAUAUGAUGUCAUUGGUCACACAACAUGUUGUCUAACUGAUCCUAGGUGGUGAAGGUGUGGGAUUUCGACACAGGGAGCCAGGUGUUUGAAUUUGGUGGUGCCCACGGACAAUCUGCCAUUACCUGUAUGACCUUUGACCCCAAAGGAAGGAGGUAUGUGAAGCUCUUUUUAAUGACUGAUUAUUGAAAUGUGAUAUUUUCCCAUGAAUGCAAUAUGACCAUACUGUUGCCUACCUAAUGGAAGCUCAGAUUAAUGAGGUAAAUUAAGAGUGAUGAAGAGUGUGCACUGCAGAUGUUAUUUUGUUUGUAUUUGUGUGUUUGUAUUGUGGUGUUUGCCUUAUUUUGUUCAAAAUAAAACUACAAAAAUAAAUGUAUUUUCAAUAAAUGUUUGAAAGAAAUAAAUAAGAUUAAACUUCCUCAUUAUAGACUGGUCACUGGGGGGAGAGAUGGCUUUCUAAAGAUCUGGAACUUUAACAAUGGUCAGUGUCUGAAGAUACUAAAAAAGGGUGAGUACAUUCUAAUUCAUAUCUCACAGUAUAAAGGUGGUGUUAGGAGCAAUACAGUGAUCAGGAUUUAUAUAUUCUCUCUGUUAUAUGCUGCAUGAGGUGAUUCGGUAACACUUUACUGAAGCCCCCCUUAUGUAUGCAUUCAUAAAGCCAUUAUUACAGCUAUAUAAUACAUUAUAACAUCUGUCAUAGGCAGUCAUAAACAUUAUGAACAACAGCAUAAGACAUUAUAAAGGUAACAAUCAUUGCAUUAUAGAUGACAGGCUAAUUUGUUGUUGUCCCUUAUGUCAACUGCCUCCAUAACACAGGCUAUAUAACCACUAAUGUGCUAUAAUAGUUUCGCGUAAACAUGUCACACAGAUGGGGAGUCCAAUGAGGUGUGUGACUGCACCUACCUGACAGUCCACAGAAACACGUGAGUAGAACUAAUGAUGGAUGUGACAAAUGUUGAUUUGCGAGGAAUAAUGAUUCAUCUCAACCUCGUGCAAUACAUUUUUCCAGGUAUGUGAUGUCUGUUGGAUGGGACCGCAGGAUUGACAUAUACUCUGUGAGUAUAGAGGUGAAGAAGAACUAUCUCUAUGAGCCAGAUAGACCACAUAUUUUCUAUGUGAAUGAUUUCACUAUUGGAUCUAUACAUUUACUACUCCAAUGACCCGUCUUCCUCUUAGAACCUAUUCAACCUUGAGAUCCCAUUUCCAUUUUCAUUACCUUCUGCAUACGCCUCACCAGAGCAGAGACCACCUGAGAGUCUGCACCGGUAGCCAUGCCAAAUUCAAAGUGUUUUAUGACUUCACAAAAACACGAGACAAUCUUUGAAAACUCUUCAAGAGCAUAUUCGGAGUAUAUUAUCAGCGAGGAAUAUAAACGCCCUAAUAAGCUUGCCUGCCUCGUUACUCUUCAAAAUGUUUUACUUAUGUAUGGCAGUCUUUGAGUGUCUGAAAAAUCCCUCUUCUUCUACACUAUUCUUCAGUAUAAGAGACUUCUAAGCAUUCAAGUAAGAGAACCAACUCAGAGGUGAUAGGUUCUAAAGAAUAGACUUUCUAUAGAAUUCCAUAUUCAAUAGCACUUCAGUGACACUCACACUCUUCCAGGCCUGUAGGAACAAAGGUAUGCAUGGACCUGUCCACAGAGCUGUAAUUCCUCCCACAGAGUCCUCCCAUCCACCUUUGAUUCUGAGAGCAUCGAGAACAUCAUAAGAGCUGGAUUUCAAAGACCACAUAACUAUGAGGCAUAGUAAUCUCGUUCCCAGCCAUUGCCCUGGGGACGAGGUCAGAGGCACAGAGACCAGAGCUGUAGAGAUGGCAGCGCACUUUACUAAGUCACAGAAAGGGCAUCAGAGGGAUCCAGUUAGAAAUACACACGUGCCUCUCUCAUUUCUAGACUUCAACAAUAGACGGCUGGUUGAAGAUCCUCAUUUCAAAAUGUUGACUGCAUGCCCUGUAUGUUUCCAUGCUAGGAUUCACCAGACGAGCCUCACCACAUCCAGAAGCCUCAGCCCUCAUGGCAGGACGAUCUGGUGAAUAAGGAAUGAAUGAGGAACAUGAAUAGGGAACUAGACAUGCAAUGCCAAUCAGAAUAUAUAGGGCUAAUCUGAGUGCUUAUGUCAGGGGCUGUAUUAAGUAGCUGAGAGUAGGAAUGCUGAUCUAGAAUCAGUCCCCCCCUGUCCAUAUAAUCUUAUUCAUUGUGAUCUAAAAAGCUAAACUGAUCCUAAAUCAGCACUCCUACUUUAUGGCCCAAGUUGUCGGCCCCAGUUAUCUUUGAUAUACUACUGCAGGUCAUGGAUGGGGAGCUCCGGUCCUUGAGGGUCUGGUUUUCUCCUUUGCCUGGUACCUAAUUCAUCCAUCAUGCCACUGAUUCAUCCAUCAUGUCACUGAGUGGUACACACUUGGGUUCUAAGGUCUAAUGAUUUAAAUUAGACACUGAUUUGAAAGAAAGCACCUAAAUUAAAUACAAUUAAAUACAAUACAAUAUAAUUAUAUAAUAGAUAGAAUAUAAUCAUAGAAUAAACUAGAAUUUAAUAUAAUUAUAAUAUAGAACCGAAUGGUCUUCCUGUGCUGUCUCCAGAGGAGGGGCCACAUAGAGGACAUCCUGUGUGUGGCCCAGUGUCCCCCGUCCCUCCUGGCCACCAGCAGCUACGACGGGGAGGUCAUUGUGUGGAACCUGGUCUCUGGACACAUCCAGUGUCGCUUUGCCAGCCCUCUGCAACCUGACUGCUGCCAUGCCCAAGGUCAGAUCACACUAUCAACCCUGAGCGGUUCGCCUGCAUGCCAUAGAGUGUAGCUAAAGCCUACACUCUCAGAAGAAAAGGUACUGAAUUGUACUUAAAGGGGUACAAACAAUGUAGGGUACAUCCAUUGGACCAUUAGUUAUAGGUACCUAAUUGUACCCUUGCAGUUUGUACCUUAGAAGAGCCAAUAGUGUACCUUAGGGGACAUGGUACAAAAGUGUACCUUUAGAAAAAGGUGCAAAUUGGCCUUUUUAGGGUAACACCACAAUGACAAAGCCGUUUGUGCCUUUUAGGUGGCAAAAAUGUACCUCUUCUCUGUACCAAGUCCCUCACGUGUAUACACCGCUUCAAUUGUCUGAAUGUAGCGAAUUAAGCAGGUAUCUCCGACUUGGCCUCAAACCCAGGUCCAGCAACUGUCAGGCCAACAACUUAACCAUUACGCCACGAGGCCCGAACCAUUUGAUGAGGUAGCAAGGUGUUGGGUUAAGGUCGCUACCAUAUUACUAAAAGCUCUUUAUUGUCACAUGCUCUUAUGUUAGCCAUUAUAAAGACUUUGGAAAACCUUAGUUAACAUAACUAUAGAACACUUAAACUUGUACAAAACUUCCACUCAUGGUUGGGUGGCCAAAAAGAGCUAACUGAAAGCCCCGCCCCCACUAAGCCACACCUCUAAAGAGAUGGCACAGGUGGAUUCAUCAUUGUUCCUUAUGUGGGUACAAAUAUGUACCUUUCUUCAAUACAUUGUCAAUUUGUACCUUUUCUACUAAGCAAAGGUACAUAUCAGCACCAAGCAUUAGUGUACCCUACAUUUGUACCCUGGGAAACAGAAAUGCACCUUGACCGUACCCUUCUUUAUUUACAGUGUAGAACAAUCCUCAGGGUAAAUAGCUGUUUUUCAAAACAAAAUGAGGAAUGUGCAGUAUAAAGGGACUAAGUAAAAAGGGAAUAGGAAGUCAAAUACAAAGUGUGGGAUGUUUGUGCUCUAUAAGGGAUGGAUACCAGUGUUCCCAGCAUCAUCUUCCUGAGGAGCCGAGCAUUACAUGCUGAGUUCUCCUCCGCUGCAUGCCUCCUGUCCUCAGGACCCACAGGUCAGUGUCAGGAAUCAUGGGUUCGAUUCUCACUGGUACAACCAAUACAAAAAUGUAUGCACACAUUACUGUAAGUAACUUUGGAUAAAAGCAUCUGCUAAAUGGCAUGUAUGAUAUAUUAUAGAAAAUCAAAUGUAUUAUAAUAAUAUAUUGUGCAGUGCAAUUCACAGAGGAAUAUGUUCCAAUGAAGUAUUAUUUGAUGUCUUCAAACAAAGGUUGCAUUAACUUCUGGAACGUGCUCAACGGCGGGAAAUUCUUGGCCAACUUCGAGGCAGUAUGUGUUAACAUGGCAACUUUCAUUGUGCUCCUUUUUAUGUUAUAACCUUUGGAUGUUUCUAGACAUCAUAAAGCAAUAACAACAGUUUAUUAUAAUAACUUUUCUUAAUAAGCCAUUAUAAAUUCUUACUCAAUUAAUGUGUAUAAAUGUUUAGAAAUAUGUUAGGAACGAUAGUAAGUGCUUAAAAUGCAUAUUGUAAUGCUAACAUGUUAUAAAUUAUUGUGCUUAUUUAUUAAUAGUAGGCUAUGUACAAUAUUUAUAAAUUGUUUAUUCAGGAUUUUUCGUGAACGUUAUGAAGCAAGUGUAACUAAAGAAUAUGUUCUUCAGUCUAGGUUCCAGCAGCUUAUCACUAAACUGGCAGUGACAAAGGAAGACACGUCACUGUACGCGGCUGACCAACUUGGCUAUGUCUAUGUCUAUGCCAUAAAGACAUAUGCUCUUGGCUCAGAGAAAACCCCACCGAGAGGUACGAUUGUUUUCUCAACUCGUUAGAACAGGUCUGAUCAAAAGAGAUCAAAAGAGAGCAUGAUUUAUUUAGUCUCAGAGCGUUAUAUUGAUCUAUGCAUUAAAAAAGUAAAAAGCGUCUUUAUUUAUUCAGCUGAAAACUACUGGCGUGCCCAUACCGGCAGCAUCACCGGGUACGUGCAGCACCUGCUAAUCGGGAACACCCUCUCGAACAUAAACAACAAAAUUGUGCUUCACAUUUUGCUCACUUCCUCCCUUUAACCAUCUUGUACAGGUUGCAGAUUGUUGACAAUGACCAAGUACUGCUCACCUCGUCCAUAGACUGCACUGUGCGCCUGUGGAGUGCCUACGGAGAGUUCAUAGGUAGGGGUCAAAUCACACAGGUCGUUCGUCCUGUUGUCUCCUCCUCCUCUGUAUACAAGUUUUAUGAUUUAUGUUUUAAGAUUAAUGUUCAGUAGAUAGGGGUGUGUUUUGGGGAUAGAUGCUUCCCUUGUAUAGACUAUGAUAACCACUGUUGUAGUUAUGCUAUUUAGAUCAGUUAAACACUACCUUCCUAAUAACAGCUUUCUUUUUUUUUCUGGGGGUAGAUCAGCUUUAAUAUUGCAGAUAGAUUGUAACUUCCAUCAAUGUAAUUGUCUGCAUCACUUCCAAUCCCCCAUAUGUUUUUAUACAUACAUACAUACAUAUAUAUAAAUACAUAUGCAUACACAUAUCCUUUAAAAAAAUAUAUUUCCCUUUAUUACUUUCCAACCCCACUACCCCUUCCCUAAUUGGAGUAAACUAGUGAACAACAAUGCUUAGGCCUCUACUUCCAGUUUAUACAUACUAUAUACAUUUUAUGGACACAGUCAAUUUUACAAUAAUUCUAUUUGGUUUGUUUUUAUUCCUGAACUUCCUCUACCUCUCCGAUCAUUUUCAUGAUGUCCAUCCGGUUUGCUUCUAUAUGGCACUUUUUUUCUUACUCUUUUACUCUCAACACUGACCAAUUUAAAGUAUAAAUUUAUGAAAGUAACUGAUUGAAAGUACAAAUGGAGAAUGUUUCUCUCUAUCCCUAUCUCUCUCUCCUUAGGGACGUUUGGGCAGCAGGACAAUUGGAGCAUCCACAUCCCUUCCUCCUGGAAGCAUCCUGCCGUUCCCUAUGAGAUCCUGAUCGACCCUCUGAGCAUGCCAGCUCACCCCAUCCUGGAGGGAGAGACCAGAGUGUCCGACGUCAUUAACGCUGACGACUCUGAGCCAAAGGUGCGUACAAAAAAGGUAAUUUCCGAGCCUGUUCAUCGACGCUACCAUUUUUUACAUUUACAUUUUAGUCAUUUAGCAGAUGCUCUUAUCCAGAGCGACUUACAGUUAGUGAGUGCAUAUAUAUAUUAUUUUUUUCAUACUGGCCCCCCGUGGGAAUUGAACCCACAACCCUGGUGUUGCAAACGCCAUGCUCUACCAACUGAGCUACAUCCCUGACUCUCAUCUACAGCCCGAAGUAGACAGUACUAACAAAAGGGGAAUGGGAAGAGAAAAUGUGCAGGGAAAGGGAUGAGUUAGCACACACGAGAGAGAGAGAGAGGAAAGAGAGACGAGAAGGGAGAGAGAGAGCGAGAGAGAGAGAGUCUAAGAGCGAGCGAGAGAGAGUAGGAUGGGAGACGAGAGAGAAGAGCGGAGAGAGAGAGAGAUCUCUACUCUCUCCUAUCUAGAUCUAUCUAUCUCUAUCUCGAUAUCCCCCAUAUCAUCUCUAUAGCUCCAGUCUACCUUUGUUUCUCGACCUCAUCCUCAUGUUCUUUCUCUUUCUGUCCCACUCUCUCCUCUUCCUCUCAACUUCUCUCUCUCUGUCUGUCCCUCUGUCACUCUCUCCCUCUCUAUCUCUCUACCUCAAGCUCUCCCUCCAUCACUCUUCCUCACUCUUCCUUUCCCUCUCAACUUCUCUCUCGUGCUCCCCCUCUGUCAAUCUUUCCCUCUCUCUCUUCCUUUACCUCUAAUCCUCCCUCACCCCCUCUCUCUCUCCCGCUCUCUCUCCUCUAUAUGCUACUGAUCUUCCUCUCUCGAGAUGUAAUUGCAGUCCGACUCGCCCAGCAAGCUUAGACACCCUCCACUGUCCAUCAGCGACACAGACAUCAAGGAGGAGAUUAAAACCUCUUGUUACACAGAAGAACAUGGGAAACGGUGAGUGAGCCACAUUACAAGCGUGAUGCAGUAGAUAGUAGGCAAGCAGAUACAGGUCUAGGCUCAGAACACACCAUGUGAAGAAAUUAAUUUCUGCCGGCAGUAAAUUGUUUGCUAUCUCUCACAUUUCAGACUUCGACAUGAAAUAUUCAAGCAUACUAACAAGCCACCAAAUCAUGGCGGACCCAAGGCCUACCACACUCUCAAGUACUUUGAUAUCUUCGACGCCCCGACCACCUGCGAGAGGCCCGAUCUUUCCCUGGCUGGCAUAGAUCCUUUCAUAUCCACCUUUGUGGAACAGGAGUCGGCUGAAUCCCAA